AUGUUUGAAAAUUUACUCUUUGAUCUACUCACGAAUUCCAGAAGAAUGUCCGACGAUCGCAGCCUCUCGUCGAGCGCGAAGCCUCGAAUGGAACGCGGGAAGAGCGUCGGCGUCGGCGUCGGCGCCGCUGGUACAAGCGCCGCGAACCUUCGCGCCGGGGCGACGCUGAUGAAAAGCGUCUCGAUCUUCUUGAUGAGCGGUCGCAAAGCUUCCGUGAAUUCGAAGAGGCAAACUUCCGGUAGCCCGAAGCACGAGCUUCGAAAGAGGCACCGUAGAAGAAUGCCGGAAGUUGGGGCUACCAGGAAUUCCGCGCACACGGUCAAAUUAAUUGAAUCGUUGAAGAGGAAGACCAGAUUCUCGUGGUCUGAAUUGGAUAAUUUAUGCAAGCUGUACAAGAAGCUAACUAAUUCUAGUCAGCAACAAGUAGGGCAAUCGGUUAUCACUUCUAGAAGAUCUCAACCGAAUCAAGUUAUAGAGGGUAUCGACAGAAACAUUUUUCGAGACCUUCUACACAAUACUUUCAAAGUGAUCACAGAGGAUACAUUGGUGGAGCGUAUAUUUUGCUGCUGGGAUCGAGAGAACGAAGGAAUCAUCAGAUUAGAACCAUGGAUCAUGGGUUUGGAUCUGUAUCUCCGUGGCAGUCUACGCGAGAAGAUUGAAUUUUGUUUCAAAGUCUACGAUCUCAAUAACGAUGGGUUCAUCACCAAAGACGAGAUAUUUCAAUUGUUCAAAAACUGUUUAAUGAAGCAACCAGGAGAGGAAGAUCCUGAUGAAGCUGUCAGAGAUUUAUCCGAAAUGGCUUUAAAGAAACUGGACGUCGAUCGGGACGGGAAAAUCUCUUUUCAGGAUUAUAAAGUGGCUGUGACGGAAGAACCUUUGCUUCUCGAAGCUUUCGGACAGUGUUUAAUGACAGACGAGAAUCGUGCUUCUGUUUUAGCCACGUUAUAAUCAUGAAUUUAUCUUGAGGAUCUCUAAAAUACAUUCUAAAAUAAUUAAACAACUAAUUAGCGAUAGCCGAUGGAUUCGUAAUCAUGGCACCUGCCGUUUAUUAAAAACAAAUUCGAUAGUAAUCGUAAUUACAAACAGUAAUAAUAUUAAUAAUAAUAAUAAUCAUAUAAUAAUAAUAUAAUAAUAGCAUAAUUACAAAAUACGCUCGAAAUCUGGCUUUCUUACAGCGUGUUUGCUGGAUCAGUCUUAACCCUCGGAUUACCAAGCAUCGAAAUCACUUUAUCUAUCUCUCUUAUUUCCUUUGUCUUUCAUUGCGAAAUCUGUCUCGUUCGAGAGAAAAGAAAAAAUAUCGAUCGAACACGAUUGAUCUUCGAGCGAUAACCCGAAGGCUAAUUAAACUAAUGAAACCGUUUUAGAGGUAUGUUACACAGUGAUGCAAAGGGGUUUAUUUAUUCAUCAUCGUCUCUUUCCCGUGUUAUCUGAAAAAAUUGACAUCUUUCUGCACGCGCAACAAAAUAUCAUCGGUUCACUUCGUCGCGGUACUUUCGGUUAUCUAGGACCCAUGCCGCGACCUCAAGGUUCCUUUUCACGGAUACGCUUGUGUACCUUUGUGUGUAUUGUGUCUGUGUGUAUAUAUAUAUAUUUCUUUUCAUUUAUUUAAUUUAAUCUUUCAUUUAUAUAUAUAUAUUCUGUUAUAAUUAAUAUACACGCAACGAGCUUGUAUUCGCAGAUAGCAUCGCGAAUCAAUCGCAUCUUCUUUGUACGAUACGAUCACCGGAAAUAGAGGUGCUGGGAAGUAUGGGUAGAUUGUACCAAGGUAAUUCCACUGGAUUUUUGUCAAAUAAUCCUGUUUUCUUAUACGAUGCACACUUGCCGUUUUCUAUGGGAACGUUCGAUACUGAACUUCGUUUUGUACAUUUACACUUUGUGCUCGGGAUUUCUUCUGUUAUACUUAAGACAGUGUCUUUCGGCGCAGAUAUGGAUAGAAAAAAAAAGAAUUUACGCGGAAAAGUAACGUGGAGAUAAGAGAGUACAUUGGCAUUUGCAUUCAUUUAGCGCUGCAUUUCCCUAAAGAUGCACCCACCCUAUCGUUAACUCGCCCCUCGCCAAUAUACUCGCAAUUUCAAGUACCUAUAUCUUUGCGUACCGUAGAAAAACACUGACUUAAGGUGUCGGUUAAUUGGUACACGAAAAAACCAAGCGGUUUAUUCGACAAAAAUUCAAGCCACAUUUCAGAUACAUAUAUAUAAUAUUACAGCUUUACAGAGGUCGUAAAUUGAUUCUCGAUGGAAGCUGCGAACACUGGUGUACAUACGAUAAGACGCGCU